CGAAUCUCAUUCCUUCAUAUAAAAAUAUCUCUGAAGCAGACACAAAAAAACCAAACCAAUGCGUAGAAUCGAAGGGGAAUGAAUGAACAAUCCGCUCCAAAAUCAUUCGAAUGCUGCAAAUCAAUCGAAUCAUUUGCUAUUGAAUCGCCUCGCAAGGUCAUUUUUUGGCAAUUCUAAUUUCACUUGAAGUCGGGUUUCUUUGGUGGAUUCAACUUGUAAUCUCCUAAGAUGGAUAAUGCCGGUAUGAAAGCAGAAUUUCGUAAGCCAUCUUCUGAAACAGCUAGCAGAAAGUAUCGGCGCCGGUCCUCUGUUAGUGGAUCAUCUUCAUCCGAUGAAAGCCCCAAACGAGAUCGCAGCUGCAGUCCAAAACUCAUGAGAGAUGAUGCCCCAAAAGACUCUGAACGGCAACUAAGGAGGAAAGAUGAUGAAAGAGAUGUAAAUAAGGAUUCUAGUAGAAGUCAUUAUAGUCGAAAUUCUGAUUCUUACAGAUAUGCUGAUCGGAAAUCCUCUAGAAGUUCACAUGGUUACUCUAGGCAUGAUGAUUAUGUCAGACAUGACAAAUAUGCAGAUGAAGAAAGAGAUUAUGAGAGGUUAUCCUCUCGUUCUGGUAGAGAGUCAAAGGGUGGUGCUCAUUAUGGUCAUUCAAGACGAGAUAGUGAGCAUUCUCGUUCACGAGACUACUACCGGGAUGGAGACAAAAGUUCUCGAGAUAAAUAUGAUGGUUCUGGACAUAGAAGCAGGGAUGGGGAUUCAUUAUCUGAGAGACAUGGUUCAGGCAGAAGACACGUUAAUUCCCAAGAAAUGGAGAAACAUAGGAAUAUAAGAGACCGUGAUGGUCGAGAUGAGAAGAGAGACCAUAUAAAGCAUCCUGGAGACGACAAAAAUGAUCGGUUGAUCUCCCAUGAUGAUGCUAGGGGCAAUCGGAAUGACUCAUUGUCAGGAAGGGAUGAAAGUAGGUACCGUACAAAAGAAGUUUACAGGAGUGAUCGGAAGGAACUUGAUGGUGAAAAGUUUUCUAAGGAGGAAAAGAAAUAUGAAGCCAGAGAAACUAACUGGGACAAGGGUCAAGGUAAAGAAUCAAAGGAAAACUAUGAUGGUAAAGGUGUUUUUGUACAUGAAAAUCAAGGAUCACCUGCUAAAAAGCCUAAAUUGCUUAGCUCGGGAAAAGAAGUUAAUCAUGAAGAUGAAGAAAAUCAAUCUUCAAUCUCUAAGCAAGAACCGGAUGGAAAAAUGAGUUUAGGACAAGGCCAAAGUGGCGACUCUGAUUUUGAUGCUGACUUUAGUGCUGCAAAAGUUGCUGCAAUGAAAGCUGCUGAAUUAGUUAAUAAGAACCUUGUUGGUGUGGGCUAUAUGACUGCCGAUCAAAAGAAGAAACUGCUGUGGGGGAACAAAAAGAGCACUGCCGUAGAGGAGUCUGGACACCAGUGGGACACGGCGUUGUUUACCGAUCGCGAACGGCAAGAAAAAUUCAAUAAACUCAUGAGUCUGAGGUUGCCUUGGUGCCUAUGGCCAAUUGUAGGGUGUGAAGGGCGAGCUGAAGACGGAGCACAGACCGAGCAACCAAGAUGGCAGCGAACUUCUUCGUGCCGAGAAGCAGAAAGAGCUCCAGCUGGAUUUAGAGAAACAGUACACUGCUGGACUUCGAAGAAGAGAUGGUCGAACCGUUGGAUUAGGUCUUUAAGAAGCGUAAUCGGCUCUGGAUUAUUUUUGUGCUUUGAUGAAACUGUUAUGAGAAGCUUUUGUUUAAGUUGCUGCACAAGAGUUGUGUUUAAUGUGCUCUCGACAACAACCUUCUAUGGCAUGUUCCUCCCCUCCCCACCACACCUUAAAACCGUAGGAUUUGUUUAUGUUGCAUUUAUGAAGGUUAGAAAAUCAUCAGAUUGUCUCAAAUUGCCGAAUUUAUUGUCUAGCUUUAUACUUGAACAUGGAUUUCUAGUGUCUAUAUAUUUGCUGCUGCUAAUUAACAGAGAUCCACGUCCUUCCAUCGAGUGGGGACAACGCUCGCUGGCUGUCUAGUCGAACUCGAGGUGGGCUUGCUUUGACGAUGAUUGUACGUGGUUGUUUCGUUGGUUCUGUCGGUUGCCUUUUGAGAAAAUUAAGGUCCUUGUUCUUA